AGUUGCAUUUGUAAUGUGAAUGACAUAAUUCUGUAAACUCGCAAUUCUUCGGUCAUCUGUUUGUUUAUGAAUAAGAGAGGAGUGAAUGGAGUGAAUGUAAAUUCAAUUGAAGAAGUUGAAUGAAUGUGGAAGUUUUCACACACCCAUCAAUUUCGUCUUGUUGCGCGGUUGAAGAGAUUGGCAAAAGCACUCAACGAUCUCAUUUAGAGCAAGAUGACUGAUCCUGGAUUCCCAGCACAACACACAACGGCCACGAUGACCACAACUGAGACUCACGUGAGCCCACAGAUCCGGUACGAUCCUUCGUACCUUCGUACUGUGCCGGGAAUCCUUAAGCUGGUCUGUAUCGUACUCAACCUGAUUGGGUUCAUUUGCAUUGAGGUGUCCGCCUUCAGCUAUCAUUCACGUGGCAGUUUCUUCAACUCCGUAUCCAUGACGGGUUUCUGGUUUACGGGCAUAAUGCUCCUUCUCUACCUCUUCCACGUCCUGGAGAAGUUCUACAGGCUACCCUGGCUCCACAUUGAGAUGGUCUUCAAUGCCGUUUGGACUCUCCUCUAUGCCCUGGCGGCAGGAUUGGCUGCUGCCAUGGGUCUGGAAGCGUACACAGCAGCUGCGUUCUUUGGAUUCUGUGCCAUGGUGGCAUAUGGUUACGAUGCGUUUCUCAAGUACAAAGCCGUUCAAUCCGGACAAAUUGCCCAAGGAACUCGCCAACAGACGACGGUUCAGCAAACAGCGACAGCUUAAUCUGUCCACUUUAGAAAUGCCAUGGAUCUUUAUCAGAUUGUUCGGUAAGGUGCAUUGAAAGUCAGUUGUGCGAUUUCUUCUUUCGUUUUCGAUCUCGCUUUUACUAUUUCUCUUUUUCUAUUUUUUUUUUUUUGGUAUCUUGAGGGUGUAUUUUUUUACAAAAAUGGGGAUAUUGUAGUGUUAAAUGGGAUGUUUCUAAAUUAUAGGCCUUUGGAAAUUAUUAGUGUAAAUUAUUCGGAAUUUAAAUUUUAUGUGGUUUACAUACAUUAAAGAUUUUAAAGGUAAAAAAUAUUAGUUAUACAACAUUUUUGAAAACUAUUACCGGAAGAAUAUUUUCAAAUUUUUAUAAGAACCAGAAAAGUAAAUUUUAAGCAUUUAUAUACUUUAAAAAUGUAACAAAGCUGUUGCGAAAUAAUUUAAAAUAUUUUUUGAAGUCUUUUUAAUCUUAAAAGUUGUUAGUUUGAAGUUAGUCAAAUUUUUAAGAGAUGUUUUGUAAAUUUUCAAUACAUAUUCAAGUUUUGUUGCUUAAAUGAUCAUAGGCAGUAAUUACUGCUCUUUGUUAAUUAGGUUAAGAAAAUGUAAAAGGAACUAUGCAUUUUAAUUUCUGCAAAAUAAAAAGAAAUCAUAAUUCAAUGCUGUUGAAUAAAAUAAUUAUAAGAAAAUGAAUAUGCUUUCCGUCAUAACAAUGAAUAGUUGAUAAAAAAAACUGAUCUAUGUCUUCUCUGUUGAUUUUUUAAUUUUGUUGCUCUUUUGUUUUUAUUUUUCUGCCGGAAGAAGAAAUCGUUAAACAUCACAAAACUUAGAAAACUAUCUAUAUUUUAUGCACCUCUGACAUGAUCUUAAAAAAACCCGAAAUGCAAAAUACUUCAGACAAAACCUUAUCUCAUUUUAACGAACGUUAUUCAUCUGAAUCUCUCCAAAAUGAGAUUAUCAGAAACGACAUAAUAUCAUUGAAAUUAUUUUAGAAUCAUAUAUCUCUACAAAAAUAUAUCUCUGGGAACGAAACUCUUGUACUUUGUCAUUUUUUACACACUCACGGACCAAAAUAUUUGAGAUAAAUCCCAAAAAAGAAUAAACAAUCAGAUGAAAGUGAAACUUAAUUGUUGCACAUCAUAUUAACAUAAGUCGUAAAAUGUAUAUUUUAAUGUAAUUUUAAAUGGAUAUUUUUGCGUGUGUAAAAUAAAAUAUACAAGUUGAUGUAA